AAUAUUUAUGGACCGAACUGGAGAGGAAUUUUUAUGCAAUGGAAUAAUUCACUCAAGUCUGUUAUUUGCCUCUCACGUCAAACAGAGGAAAAAGUGGGUGUGUCCCGAGGUGCCGACCCACCCAGACACAGGCACCUUAAAACCCCUCCUCUAUAUAAAACCAGCUGCAGCAUCUUUCUCUUCAUCACUAACUGCUUCCUCCUCCUCCUCCACCAUGCAUCAAGAGUCCUUCUCACACUCGCUGGUUUUACUUUGUAUCCUCCUGAGGAGCAGCCAGGCCCUCCACAAUGAUGCCACGGAGCACGCGGGCAGCGUCUUCCCGCACACGAGCCCACCACAGGAGGACGCGAAGCCGGGAAACGCAUCCCUGAACCGGGCUCGGGCCGGCGGGAGAGCAGCGGGACGGGACAGAGGUGAGAGAAGCCAGAUGGGCUGCAGAGAGUUGAGGUCCACCAAGUACAUCUCCGACGGCCACUGUACCAGCAUCCACCCCAUUAAGGAGCUGGUGUGCGCCGGCGAGUGUCUCCCGACUCAGAUGCUUCACAACUGGAUCGGCGGCACCCAUCUGUCCAAAAAGUUCUGGACUCGCCACAGCGCCAGUCCCAGCAUCACCCCGGAGUGGCGCUGCGUGAACGACAAAACCCGCACUCAGCGCAUCCAGCUGCAGUGCCACGACGGUAACACCAGAACUUACAAAAUCACCGUGGUGACCUCUUGUAAAUGCAAGAGGUUCUCCAGGGAGCACAACCAGUCGGGACACAAGUCGGGGGUUCUGACGCCACCCCAGCAGCAGAUCCUUCACAAUUCCAAGAGCAGGAAGUCAGUGGGAACGAAGCACAUGAGCCAGGACUGGCAUCAGACUGGACUGUGAGGACUCCCAGUCUUUAAGACCACUUCAUCUUGCUUGUAUGCUUUCCUGAACCGAAAAACGGGACAAAAACUUGCUGCCCUUGGGGUUGCAACAUCAGAAAUUCUCUAAAAGUUUUCUUUGACUUUUUAAAAAAAGAAAUAUCCAGUGGAUAAGGUGGAUACAUUGCGUGGAUGUCAUGAAUACGGUCCGCAGGACACACCUGCAGCUGCCAUGUCAGCUAAAUUUUUUGUCCCAGUAGCUUUUGAGUUUUUGAAUACACAAAUUUGAUUGGAGAAUUUGGAAUUACUGUCCCGUGUUUGGUUAAAAAAAAAAAAAAAAUAUGGGCGAAAGGGAUAAAGUCUACCACAUUGCACCAUUUCCCCGUUAGGGGUCGCCACAGCGAGUCAUCUCAGAUGAAGGCAUGUUUGUUUGGCACAGUUUUACGCCGGAUGCCCUUCGUGACGCAACCCCUCUGCAUUUUAGCCGGGAGAGAGGCUUACAGCAUCUGGUAUUCCCAGGCGGUCUCCCAUCCGAGUACUAACAAGGGCCAAACCCGCUUAGCUUCCGAGAUCUGACGAGAUCGGGCGUUCUCACGUUAGCAUGGUCGUUAGCCUUGCAUUGCACCAUUUACUCACACAAAUUUUGAAUCAGGGUGGGAAAACUUCUACUCUUAAUUCACACACAUUUAUAAAAGUCUCCAGCCUGUUAAAUUGGCUAAUGGUCAAUUGUUUCCACGGUAUUAUAUUAAACAUACGUACAAAAGGAAAUAGAAAUGUAGGCUUACGCGGUUAGCAGAAGGGAAGCUAAUUCAUACUAUGCUAACCGCUAUCUAGCCUUGAGGCUAAGGUCAUGUAAUGUUAGGAAAAGUCAUUGCAGAUUUAGCUCAAGUAUGCCAACCUCUCAACUAUUCCAAUUUAAUCUAUUUUUUUCCCCACUUCUCUUCGCACAAAGUUAUGCGUGGGGAGAGAUGUUUGAAUUUUGAAAGGUCGCACUUGUUCAAUUACGUCCGCUUUGUCAUUGUGCCGUAUCUUUGCCAAUCAAGCCAAGGCUUCUCUACUCGGCCAGCUUUUUAGCCCUCAUCUCAGCACAUGAAAAUAUAUAGUGAGUGAUAUUAAAUGAUGAUGGUCAUACACACAUAAAAACCAAACAAACAAUGAAUACGAAGCAGUCUACUACUGCAUUCUUUCUGUUUCAAGCCUAGUUUAUCCUCAUCUGGAUCCAACAUGGUCCACCAACAAUUACCAAUCGUGUGAGCAAAAACUGUGCAUAAUUUUACAGAGAAGAUCGCAAGACUUAGUAGCCACUUUCAAAGAGACAUACUCGGAAUCAAACCUCCAUCACCAGAUUUGUAGAAGACGUUUCCUCACAGAUAUGUUGAAAAGGUUUGCUUGGGUUAUUUCAGCAUCAAGAACACGUUGGUGCCAUUAAAUCCAGCAACAGAAAAAUGAAUUAGCCAGAUAUUGCUAACCCUUCUGGCAUCCGAAAGUAUGUGUGAUAUCAUGGUCAACCUGGAUUAUGUCUGGCAAUGGGCUGGACUUUAUUUAUGCCAAACUCGAGGGGAUCGAAGGCCUUUUUUGCCAUUUUGAUAAUGUGAACACAAAUUUUAUUUAGACCAGAUGAAAACAAUGCAUGUCCAAUGUAGCCGUAUAUGUAUGCUGAAGUGUUUGUUUUGUUUUGUUUUGUGUGACCAUGUCCAACACCAGGAAACAGCUAAAACAUAUAUUUGCAUUAUUCCAGGAAUUUUCAAAGUUGGAAACUUUUCAUGAGAAUUUAUGGAAACAAAAACAAUGAAUUUACAAAAUUAAAGGUUGCCUCUUGAUAAGACACUUGAAAAUAAAAAAAUUAGAAUAUAAAUUGAAUAUGAAAAUGUAUAUAUUUAUGCUGGUUUAUAUUUAUCAUUUCCAUGAAAUUACCCUCAAGUCACAUUUAAUUCAAAAAAAUUCCCAAUAAUUCCAAUGAAAUGUUUCCACCAUGUAAUAUUGCCUAAAUUUCUGUAUAUUUCCAAACUCCACCCAUUUGUAACUCGAGCUUCAAGCCACACUUGUUUAAAUUGUGUACAUUUACAUAUCUCAAAUUACAUUUGUUUGGAGCAUUUUUCUUUUUUUCCG